AUGGCCGGAUCACAUCACUGUCUCGGGUGUUUGAAGUACCUCAUGUUCAUCUUCAACCUGGUCUUCUGGCUCGGGGGGUGUGGUUUGUUUGGCGUGGGGGUGUGGCUGGCUGUCACUCAAGCCCCCUUUGCCAGCCUGUCCUCCUCCUUCCCAUCAGUCUCUGCUGCCAACCUCAUCCUGGUUGCCGGGGGCGUCACCAUGGUGAUCGGCUUCAUCGGCUGCCUGGGGGCCGUCAAAGAGCAUCGCUGUCUGCUGAUGAGUUUCUUUGUGAUUCUGCUGCUCAUCUUCCUCACUGAAGUGAUUGUUGGGGGCGUGCUGUACUUCUACAGAGAGCAGUUUGACAGGAGCGCUCAGGAGGAUCUGAAGAAAGGGAUGAUUUUCUACAACAAGAAGGGGAACGAGGGGCUGUCUGUCGCCUGGGACACCGUGCAGGAGAAAUUUAAAUGCUGUGGAGUUUAUAACAGUAGCGACUGGAAAGAGAUGCUGGGUACCUCUGUACUCCCCCGUUCCUGCUGCAGUGUUGCAGUCCAGCCCCACUGCAAGACAUGGGACACGGCCUGUUACAGGCAGGUGAAGGACUGGCUUCACCAACACAUUUAUUCUGUUCUCGUCUUUGGGAUCGCUAUCGGAAUCGUGCAGGUUUUUGCUCUCGGGUUUUCUCUGCUGCUGUACUGUCAGAUUCGAAGAGCCGAGAAAUACCUGAACUGAGACACAGACUGACACACACAGAGACACACACACACACACAGACAGACCGAGACAGACACACACACACACACACACACACAC